AUGGCAACUGUGCAAGUGACUCGCCAGUCCCGGCUGGCAGAUGAUGCCGCGACUGCUGCCUUAUAUGUGACGCACCCUGAACGUAGGGCAUCUCUCCGCGCCCCGACCCCAAUUAAUACCCAGAACUUCAACCCACGCGCGGUCGGUGGUACUCCAAACCUCAGCCACGCCUCCGCUGCUUCCGCUCUCGCACAUGCGAAUCGCAAAACUGUCGAAGUAUGGCGGCCCCCAGCACGACAGCCUGCCGCCGAGAAAGCCGCAUUAUGCGUGAAGGACUAUGCUCCGCCCCAGCAACCCCAACCCACCUCUCAGCACAGUGCAGAGGGACUGGGAGCUGCAAUGCUCGCUGUUCGUGAACAAAGGGCUUCCGUGAGCCAGGCCCCUACGUCCACUGCCCAUAGGCGUGACAGCUCAACGACCGAUCGUUUCCACUACACAGCCGUCGGUGGUAACCCGAAGGACAAGGCGCUCCAGGCUGCGUCGGGCGCUUACACGCUCUCGCGUAAGAGAGCCGACUCGGCACCCAGUGAUCCAGGGGUUGCCUCCGAAAUACCAUACAGCCGUUCAGCUGCUAGCGCGUCGCAAAAUGCUCGCGUGGAAGUGGAGCCCCCCCUUAACCACUUAGACCAUGCCAUAGAAGCAAGCAGGAUACAGCAUGCCGCUAGCACUAACCCGAAGCUAUAUACUUCAUCGCCGCCUAUACAAAGCGAAAUUGAGGAACAAAACUACAAGAACUCGCAACGCGCUGCUGCCAUCUCAAUGGCAAGGGACAUGGACAUGUACAGAGUCACCAGUACAAAGAAACAACCCGGCAGAUCCGCUGCCAUCCUAGCAGCCCAAAGAGGACAAAGUCAAUUGGGCUACCGCAAGACCGUAUCCACCGUAGAUGGAGAUGCUAUCCGGCGGGCGAUCGCACUACAAGAAGCAGCGCAAAAGCGAGCUUCCGAGAAGCUUGCUCUUAUGCAGGAUGAGCAUGCAGAAUACCAACAAUAUUAUGGCACCGCACCGCAACCGCAACGGUCGCGCUUGACCACCCGCCGCAAGAGAACUUCCAGCGAUGUGGAUGCCUCUCAGCUCGAUGUAGAGCAGUCGCGGCAAAUCCGGAACCAGAUGACUAGCCUGCGGACCAAGCUGGGCCAAGUAGAUGUGCAGAAGAACAAGGAUCGUGAGUUGCUUAUGCAGGCUGCUCGCCGCAACGUGGAGCAAACCCUCCAGGACAUGGAGGCGCAGGUUUAUGCGGACACCGGUCGCGCUCCGCCUUCCGUCCAGAGGGGUUGGGAUGAAGUUGCCCAGGAGCGCGUACGACAGGAGGCAGAGGAUUUUGAAGCCGCUACCACCCAAGACAAUCGAGUGAACAUCGGCGGCCAAAGGUAUAUGGACAUGGCCGACGUCGAUGCUGUAGCUCGGGCUCGCCUUCAGCCUGCUUUCGAUGAGAUUACCGAGAAUGCCGAACUACGGAGAGCCCAUGAUAUCGAAGCCCGUUUAGACGCUGAGGAGGAGCAGCGACAUGCUGAUUUGGAGCGUCAACGCGAAGCUGAGGUGAAAGAGUUGGAGAAGCAAGAAAAAGGUGCAAGCAAGCACGAUAAAUUCGAGAGCAAGAUUCCCAAAUUCUUCCUAUGGAGGAAGAAGGGCAAACGAGCUCGGGUUGAGAAAUCCGAGACCGAAGAGGCCGAAGCUGUCUCGCCUGUUACCCAGGAAGCUGUAGUAGAGCCGGCUCCGGCUACAGCAGUGGACGACAAUGUCGCGACAGACAUCACCCCCGAGCACGCUUCUACUGAGACAGGGGGCAAUGUUGGGACAGAAGGCAAUACUGAGACAGAAGGCAGUGUUGCAACAGAACGCAAUUUUGAGACACAGGACAAUGUUGCGACAGACGACAAUGUUUCGAGCGUCAUCCCUGACGAAGCUUCUGUUGAGACUGAAAUAGCCGGUCCUACAACUGUUCUUGCAGCUGACUCCUCGGUCCCAGAGACUGAACCUUCAAAGACCGACGAGAGUGACGUGCCCGCAGCAAUCCCACGGCGGCCGUUACGAAGCCAGACCGAGCCCGCCCAGAUUGAGCAGCGAGAUGCAGCCGCCUCAGGCCCAACGAUUGUGCACUACUUCACGCCACCAGUUACAAGCCCGCGCGCCGACACGAAGCUCAAGAACUGGUUCCGCGACCGUCUCGUUCGCCGCUCCAGUGGCCCAGUCCCCAUCUACCCUCAUCAGCCAGGUCCGGACUUUAACACAGACAGCGAACCUGCCUUUCAAGGCGGCGCCACUCUGACCGGCCGUGACGAGCCCCGCAGCGUAGCGCUUGGCUCACAUCCCCCUGGUGUGAUUGAACCUGUCCCGACGCACAACAGAUCUUCGAGCUACUACAGCAACGACAUUGACGUGGCCAAGAUUCAUAGUGCUGAUCCUUUGCCAAAGUUUACCAAGCAAAAUCGCAAUGGCAGGAAGAGGAACCGUCUGAGCAGGACAUUACGCAAGGCCGUCUCCGGUAGCCCCGAUGAGUCGAACGAGGGUGACUCCCGUCGUGAUUCGGGAGUUCAAUCUGCGUCUAAGGGUGUCGGGAAUGGUGAUCUUCAGAGUCUGCAGGAUAGUACUAUUGGGCAGAGUCUUCCUGUGCCACCUAGUAUUGGCGACACGCUGAACGGGAGAAGAGAAUCGAGAUUCUCCGAAAAUCUGUGA